GUGCCGUUCUCGCUAAAUUUUGGCUUUCGGUUUCGACGUUAGACUUGAAUUCUUGGAAGAGAUUGAGCCGCUGCCCAGCUGAUAGCGAACUCGAAAUUGGGCAUUUAGAUAAAUUUUUGAUGUCCAAUGAGGAGAGUUCUGAAGUUAAUUUAAAAACUGACUGCAGCCCAGAAUCUAGAAAGAAAAGAGCAAAAAGUAGAAAAAACAAAAGGAAACAGUUAUUGAUAAAAGGUGUAGAUGUCAUGGAAAUGAAAGAUGUAGGAUCUGUUCAGCUGGGUGAAAGCAACAUGAACACUGAUAGUGACAAAGUGAAAAAGAAGAAAAAGAAGAAAAAGAGAAAGAAGAGUACUCAACAACGUGUAGAGGAGAGCUUUAUCAAGGAUGAGGCUGGAGAAUAUGAAAAUAGAGCAGAGACUUUUAUGAAAGAGGCUAGUCCUGUCUCUAAUAGUGGAAGUGAAAUUUUUUUCGAGAAGAGGAAAAUUGCAUUGGAAGAUGCUGAGAAUGAAAGGACUGACAGUAUACUUAGAGAAAACUCUGAUGGGAAGAUUCUGGAGUCUGACAAUGGAAAAAAUCAAAGGAAAAUUAAGAGGAAGAAGCAGCUCUUAAAGGAAGCAGCUAAUGCAGAUAUGCGUGGUAUUUGUUACUUGAGUCGAGUUCCUCCACACAUGGAUCCUUUGAAACUUCGUCAGAUCCUCUCACAACAUGGGGAAAUACAAAGAAUUUAUCUUGCACCCGAGGAUGCUGCCAGUCAAGUGCAACGAAAGCGUGCAGGGGGAUUUCGAGGACAGUUUUUUUCAGAAGGAUGGGUUGAAUUUACUGAUAAAAGAGUUGCCAAGAGGGUGGCUAAUAUGUUAAAUGGCGAACCAAUAGGAGGAAGGAAGAGGUCAUCUUUCUAUUACGAUCUCUGGAACAUCAAGUAUUUGAGUAAAUUCAAGUGGGAUGAUCUCACGGAAGAAACUGCUUACAAGCACGCCAUUCGGGAGCAGAAACUGGCUUUAGAAAUUUCUGCUGCCAAGAGGGAAAGGGAUUUCUAUCUUGCUAAAGUUGAUAAAUCACGUGCAUUGAAUUCCAUUGAAGAACGACUAAAGAAGAAGCAGAAGAUGAGAGAAGAUUCAGAGAUGAAUUCUACACUUGAUGAUAGUCAGAAACUUCCAAAGUUGAUCCGCAGCUUUCCACAAACACAACCAGUUGCAGAUUUUGCCGUACAAAACAAACCGAGACUAUCUACAAAUGUCUUGGCUGGGGUGUUUGGAAGCUCCUAGUCGUCUAUUUCCCGACUCCUACUAAUUAAAGAGAUUUAAGACAAGUGAUUUGCUUUAUAGACGGGCUUUUUGUAGACAGAGCCAAGCAAUCUUUGACUUUCAACUUAUUUAUCUCAUUACACAACAGAAAAUGUGUAGAAGGAAUAGUUGUAGCUUUGAUAUUUGUUUACUUAAAUCGAACUUUUUGUAUUUGAUAAUUCUGGCAGAAAGCAUGGCCAAGUAGUGAAUAAUAAAUCAAGAAAAAGUUUUGGAUUUUUCUUAUA